CCAUCUCAAGGUAUUAUGUGCUUCGUUCACAUAGCUCGUCAGACAGGAAUCGUCCUCUGGAGAGUAACAGCUCUGCUACAACACUGAUUAUCCAAAGAGCUGUCCUUCUAGAAGUAAGAGGCACGGUCACUAUACAUUAGGGACUCUGUUCCUGGUCUACCCCAUCUGUUCGAAAACUAUGAGGGCAAUAGGGAUUGUACGGAUCCUGGUGAUCGUGUUCACGCUGCUAUUGACAUGGUUCUGUGUAGAAAAAAUGUUCACCACAAAAUGGGAAGCAAGGUCCUUACGGAAUUUAUUUGAUUAUCAGGUGAAAGAUGAAAAGGUCCAGAAGAAAAUAAACAGAAAAUGUGGAAAUGAUCAAGAAUGCCCGGAGAAUUACUUCGCCUUUAAAGUCAUUAGUGGCGCAGCCAAUGUGGUCGGCCCUUCCAUCUGCUUGGAGGAUAAAUUACUUAUGAGUGGCGUGAAAAACAACAUUGGAAGAGGACUGAAUAUUGCACUAGUAAAUGCCAGCACGACGGAGCUUCUAAAAACAGGUCAUUUUGAUAUGUAUUCCGGCGAUAUUAAGGAUGUUCUCAAGUUCUUGGAACCAGUAAAAGAUGGCACCUUAAUAUUUAUUGCAUCAUUUGAUGAUCCAGGCACAAAACUAAAUGAUAAAGCCAGAGAUCUGCUUACCAGUUAUGGAAGCAGUUUUGCCAAGAAACUGGGAUUCCGAGACUCAUGGACCUUUGUCGGAGGGAAAGGAUUAAAGAACAAAAGCCCCUUUGAACAGCACCUCAAGAAUGACAAGGAAAACAAUAAGUAUGACGGAUGGCCUGAAGUUCUGGAAAUUAGUGGAUGUAUUCCUAAGAAAAUGGACUAAUGUUGCCUUUAUUAACUGUUUGGACUCCUUCAGGAUGUCUCAGCAAUCUGUUUACAUGUGGAUGUAUAUAUUUUAUUAUUUAAUAAAGAAAGGAGAUCAAUGGGAA